AUGCCAUCUCCCCUCGCAGACCCUGUCAAGCUCCCAUGUGGACUGGUUUUGCCGAACAGGCUAAGCAAGGCCGCAAUGGCUGAGAUGAUCGCCAAAACCAACCAGCCGACAAACGCUCUGGUUGAUGCCUAUGAGCAAUGGUCCGAUGGUGGAUGGGGGAGUAUUCUUACAGGAAAUGUCCAAGUCGAUGUAAACCACAUGGGUAGCCCCUUCGACCCAGCCCUGCACAAUGAAUACACAGACAGCAAAACAAACAGCGCCUUAGUGGAGCAAUGGAAGAAAUAUGCCGAUGCCUGCCAAAAGCAUGGUACGCCAGCCAUAGCCCAGAUCUGCCACCCAGGUCGGCAGUCCUUCCGCGUCGCAGGCCACCGCGGCAUGUUCGCGCAGACGCUCGCGCCCAGUGCCGUGCCCAUGAAGGUUGGAGAUAGUUACCUCGAGAGCCUGAUUGGGUGUCUGGUUUGGUCUAAACCCAAGGAAAUGACCACCCAGGAUAUCGAGAGAGUUAUUCGUCAGUUUGUUGAUACCGCGAGGCUAAUGGCGGAUGCUGGGUUUUCGGGUAUUGAGCUGCAUGGCGCGCAUGGAUAUCUGGUUGAUCAAUUCCUCAACAGCAAGACAAACCACCGCACAGACGCAUACGGUGGCACACCCGAAAAGCGUGCCCGCUUCAUCCUAGAGAUCCUCUCCCAAACGCGCAAAGUCGUACCCUCAACCUUCGCAAUUGGCAUCAAGCUAAACUCCGCCGAUCACAGCUCGGCGACCUUCGAAGAAACAAUGACGCAAAUUUCACUCCUAGCUGAAGCCGGUAUCGACUUCAUGGAAAUCUCAGGCGGCACCUACGAAGACCCGAAAAUGGUGGGCUACGGCAAAGCCAAUGCGGCAGCACCGAAAUCCUCGCGCACCGCAGCGCGCGAGGCCUUCUUCCUUGAGUUCUCAAAGGAGGUACGGCAGCGCCAUCCUGAACUCGUUCUUAUGUUGACUGGUGGGUUCCGCACGCGGGCUGGCGCCGAGGCUGCUAUUAGGGAUGAUGCUUGUGAUCUUGUUGGCAUUGGACGGCCUGCGGCUAUUGAUCCCAAGUUCCCACGUCUCUUGCUUGAUGAGAGUGUUGGUGAUGAUAAGGCGCAGCUGCCAUUGAAUAAGGCACCUGUUCCGUGGUAUACACGCUUCUUGCCGUUGCAUCUUAUUGGGGCUGGGGCUGAGAGUACAUACUAUGCUGCGCAGGUUCAGAGAUUGGGUAAGGGUGUCAAGACCAUUGCGCCCCCUUGGUAG